UAAUUUCUUAAAUUUGGGUGACAAAUUAAAGAAAUAAAUUGUAGAGAAACGAACAUUCUUGGAUGAAAAUGAAAACCGGAGGCAAUUCCCGAACUCCUCGCAUUCUCUCUCUACACCUGUUCAUCUUUCGCCUCUUCUCUCUCUACUCUCUCUCUCCACCUAUACGUACAUGCAAACUCACACGCAUUCAAUUCAAUUCAAUAUACAUCCAUAUCCAUAAUUCAUAUAUACAUACAAACAAUCCAUCACAUUCACACCUGUUUCAGUAAAUUAAUUCACAAUUUUUUUUUUAUUUCCCCCAAAACUCUGCAAACUUUCAAUUCUCUGAUGAACUUUUCAUGGCCACCCUACUUUCCCCUUUCAUCGAUUACUGUUAUUUCUCCUUCUUCUUCCUCUUCUUCCUCCUCCCAAAUCAACGGUCGUCAUUUGCCUCCGGCGACGAUUUCUCAAUCCUGGACUACGACUACACGUCGAAGCUUUUCCGCGGCGAUUACGCGCCGCCGUCGCCCCCUCCGCCGUCUCCGCCGCCGCACAACCCUCCCCUCUCGUGCGACGAUUUGAAGGGCAUCGGCUCACUCAACACCACCUGCCAGCUCAGCUACAGCCUGAAUUUCACCGACGACGUUUACAUCGAAGGCAGGGGCAACUUCUUCAUCCUCCAAGGGGUGGCUUUAACCUGCCCCAAAUUGGGCUGCACAAUCGAGAUUAACGUAACCGGCGAUUUCAGAUUGAACUCCUUUUCGGAAAUCACCGCCGGUUCAGUUUACAUAGUAGCCGGAAAUGCAAGUUUAUCUGGCGGUUCAGUGAUUAAUGUGACGGCGAGAGCUGGUGAGCCGCCGGACCCAUCCACGGGGACGCCGGACGAUGGGCAGGGCGGUGGUGGGGGCCACGGUGGAAGAGGCGCAAGCUGUGUGGUGGAUAAUAAGAAGCUGCCGGAAGAUGUGUGGGGUGGAGACACUUAUUCAUGGGAUUCUUUGGAUGCGCCAUGGAGUUAUGGAAGUAAAGGAGGGACUACUAAUAAAGAGGAAGAUUAUGGAGGGAGAGGGGGCGGCAGGAUUUGGUUGCAGGUGAACGAUACUGCGGAUGUUUCCGGAAUGCUCUUGGCUGGUGGAGGUGAUGGCGGGAUCAAAGGUGGCGGAGGUUCCGGUGGCAGCAUUUUUAUCAAGUCGCACAUAAUGACAGGAAGUGGCAAAAUAUGUGCGUCGGGAGGUAAUGGAUUUGCUGGAGGAGGUGGUGGAAGAGUAUCUGUCAAUGUUUUUAGCAGGCAUGAUGAUCCCAUAUUCUUGGUACAUGGUGGAAGAAGUUUUGGCUGUCCCAUGAAUGCAGGUGCUGCUGGAACAUUCUUCGAUGCUGUUCCUCGUAGACUUGUCAUCAACAAUAACAAUAUGUCAACAGAUACCGAGACGCUUCUGUUACAGUUUCCAAACCAGCCACUCUGGACAAACGUUUACAUUCAGAAUUGUGCUCAAGCUACUGUUCCUUUAUUAUGGAGUCGUGUUCAGGUUAGAGGACAACUCAGUUUAUCAUGUGGAGCAGUUUUGAGUUUUGGACUCGUUCAUUAUGCUUUGUCUGAGUUUGAACUGAUGGCUGAAGAACUUCUGAUGAGUGACUCAGUAAUAAAAGUAUAUGGGGCAUUGCGAAUGUCUGUGAAAAUUCACUUGAUGUUGAAUUCGAAAGUGCUCAUAGCUGGUGAUAGUGAUCCAAUUGUUGCAACUUCUUUGCUUGAAGCGAGCAAUUUAGUAGUUCUCAAGGUAAGUUAUUCCAAAUCAGCUAUCUUCAUUCAGAAGCUUGAUCAUUUUUCUAUGACUGAUCUAUUAAUUUGUAUCCAGGGAUCAUCCAUGAUACAUUCAACUGCGAAUUUAGGGCUUCAUGGACAAGGAUCAUUGAACUUGUCAGGGCCAGGAGACAUUAUUGAAGCUCAGCAUUUGGUUUUGUCGUUAUUUUAUGCUAUCAGUGUUGGUCCUGGAUCUAUUAUUCGAGGUCCCUUGGAAAAUGUGAGCAAUAAUGGCAAGGCACCAAGACUUCUCUGUGAACAGAAUAGUUGCCCUGUUGAACUACUUUACCCACCCGAGGACUGCAACGUGAAUGCUUCAUUGUCCUUUACUCUGCAGAUAUGUCGAGUUGAGGACAUUAUUGUUGAAGGUCUGGUAGAAGGUUCUGUUGUUCAUUUUCAUCUGGUCAGAAAUGUGUUUGUGAAAUCUUCUGGUGCAAUAAGUGCUUCUGGAUUGGGCUGCACUGGUGGAUUAGGUCAUGGAGAACUUCUGCCUAAUGGUCUUAGUAGUGGUGCGGGACAUGGUGGUAAAGGAGGGGAUGCGUAUUAUGAGGGAGCUUAUAUAAAGGGUGGUAUUUCAUAUGGGAAUGCUGAGUUGCCUUGUGAACUUGGUAGUGGAAGUGGAAACGAGAGUCUGCCUAGUGCAACUGCUGGUGGUGGUGUUAUUGUGAUUGGUUCACUGGAGCACUCAUUGUCAAAUUUGGUUGUACACGGUGAAAUUAAAGCCAAUGGAGAAAGUUACGGGAAAUAUGUUGGAGGGAAGGAUGGUGUGGUUGUGUCAGAUGCAAGUCCGGGUGGUGGAUCAGGAGGAACUAUUCUUCUUUUUGUCCACAGCGUUGUCCUUGAUGAUAGUGCUACCAUCUCUACAUUUGGAGGGCAUGGAAGCCCUAAUGGUGGCGGGGGAGGUGGUGGAAGGAUUCAUUUCCAUUGGUCGGACAUUCCUAUUGGAGAUGAAUACUUGCCAAUGGCCAUUGUCAGAGGAACUAUUGGUGUCAGAGGAGGAAUUGGUAGAGGUCUGGGCCGAGGAGGUGAAAAUGGAACUUUGAGCGGAAAAGCAUGUCCAAAAGGGCUAUAUGGUAUAUUUUGUCAGGAAUGCCCACUUGGCACAUAUAAGAAUGUGACUGGAUCUAAUAGAGACCUAUGUAAUGACUGUCCAUCUCAUGAGCUUCCCCGUCGUGCUAUAUAUAUCGCUGUACGAGGUGGCGUCACGGAAGCACCAUGUCCAUACAAGUGUAUAUCUGAGAGAUAUCAUAUGCCUCAUUGUUAUACUGCCCUUGAAGAACUAAUUUACACUUUUGGAGGACCAUGGUUAUUUGGUUUCAUAUUGGUGUGCUUGCUCGUCCUCUUAGCGCUUGUUCUGAGCGUUGCUAGAAUGAAAUUUGCUGGUGGAGAUGAAUUGCCAGGUCUAGUGCCCAAUCGGCGUGGCUCCCCAAAUGAUCGCUCGUUCCCUUUUCUAGAGUCCCUAAAUGAGGUUUUGGAAACUAGCAGAUUUGAGGAAUCCGAAACCCACGUACAUCGCAUGUACUUUCUGGGAGCUAAUACUUUUAGUGAACCCUGGCAUCUCCCUCAUUCCCCUCCUAAAGAAGUGAAAGAAAUAGUAUAUGAAGAUGCAUUCAACAUAUUCGUGGAUGAGAUAAAUGCGUUAGCUUCUUAUCAGUGGUGGGAAGGAUCAGUAUAUGGGAUCCUCUGUGCUACUGCAUAUCCACUUGCAUGGUCGUGGCUGCAGUGGCGUCGCAAGGAGAAAGUGCAGCACCUUAGGGAAUAUGUCCGUUCAGAAUAUGAUCAUGCUUGCUUGCGCUCUUGCCGUUCACGAGCUCUCUAUGAAGGCCUCAAGGUUGCUGCAAGUUCUGAUUUAAUGCUAGGUUAUGUUGAUUUUUUCCUUGGGGGGGAUGAAAAGAGGGAUGACCUCCCUCCUCGCCUUCACCAAAGGUUUCCUUUGUCUUUAGUGUUCGGAGGAGAAGGAUCUUACAUGGUUCCCUUUUCUCUUCACACUGACAAUAUUCUAACUAACCUAAUGAGUCAGUCUGUUCCCCCAACAAUUUGGUACAGACUAGUGGCUGGUCUUAAUGCUCAACUUCGUUUAGUGCGUCGCGGACAUUUAAGAGCAACUUUUCAUCCAGUUAUCCGCUGGCUCGAGACACAUGCAAAUAGAAAAUUACAUGCUCAUGGUGUACGUGUUGAUUUGACUUGCUUUCAACCUUCAGCCAGUGGAUAUUGCCAAUUUGGCCUUGUUGUAAGUGCCGUAGAGGAUGCAAAUACCCAUUCAUCUAGUCAAGGGCGGGACCGAUCUGCUUUAUUGCUUGAGAAGCAGUCACGUUUGCCUGCUAAUCGCUGGAAGAAAGCGUUGGAUCUUGUUAGAGUGAGUGAGCAUGUUAUGUUGCAAAAAAGGAUAUCCGGAGAAAUUUUAAAUGCCAAUAGCCUACAAAACCUCGGAGAGAGAUUGACAUUAUUUUAUCCUUCCUACUAUAUAAUUCAUAAUAUAAGGCCAGUUUGCCACCAGGAUCUUGUUGGUUUGAUAAUCUCGAUACUUCUUUUAGGAGAUUUUAGCUUAGUUUUGCUACUUCUGCUCCAGCUUUAUUCCAUAUCCAUGCUGGAUGUCUUUUUGGUUUUGUCGAUUCCUCCACUUGGCACAGUUCUUCCAUUUCCAGCUGGCAUCAAUGCUUUAUUUACUCAUGGACCGAGGCGAUCAGCCGGACUUGCACGUAUAUAUGCUUUGUGGAAUAUUACCUCCGUCAUUAAUGUUGUUGUCGCCUUCAUAUGUGGACUAGUUCAUUUCAAGACUCAAUCCUCGUCAAGUAAAAAACACCAACAUUAUCAAACAUGGAAUUUUAGCAUGGAUGAAAGUGGUUGGUGGAUGCUGCCAUGUGGACUUAUCCUUUGUAAAAUUGUCCAAGCUCGGCUGAUCGAUUGCCAUGUCGCUAACCUCGAAAUUCAGGACAAAACUCUAUACAGCAGUGACCCUAAUGUUUUCUGGCAAUCCUGAACUAGUUUAAUAUUACAUAAAUACCCUUCUUUCUCAUAUAGCCUUUUCUGAGUUCUCCUCACCUCACUCCAGAUUUUAUUGGAAUAGUUGGAAGAAUUAUGUGUUCACAAGGCUGCAAAUGAAGUGCGAAUUGGUCGAUCGAUCAAUGUGUUAUUUUACUAGAGAGAAUAUGUGCAGCAUUUUUUUGUUAAAAAAUCAACAAAAAUAUGUUAUCCAGCUUUUGGAUUAUUCAAGUAUUGAAAUUUUGUUCUCUUCUCAACUGACUCCAACUGGGUUAAUACAUGUGUUUUAUCAUUCA